AGGAAGUGACGUACCCACUGGGUCGCCACAGGGCUCCUCUCUCCUCUAUUUGUCUUGUAUACCAAUGAGUGCCAAACUCCAUGCCCUGGCGGCAUAUCCUCAAAUUUGCAGAUGACUGAUUGUGUCUCUCUGGAUGAUGACUCUGAUGAUGGCCCUGUAUUGUCUGAAAUUAUGGUCUGGUGUAGCACGUCCUUCUUAAAGGCUGCACUUCUAGAAGACGCUGCACCAGUGAUUGUAAUCAUCCAAGACCUGAUAGUCAACUGUACAGACAGACUCCAUCACACAUCAACUUGAACAUGCAGCGCAAGCUCAACAUGGCGGGCAAGAAGCUGGACAUGCCGGGCAAGAAGCCUCCAAAGGCCUUCAUCCUCCCGGUGGCCACCAUCCGCUUGACCUUCGUCAUUGGACUCCUCUUCAUCGCCAUGGCAUUGGCUGAAACGGUGAAGGGCCAGAACCUGACUGCUAAGCUGGAUGGACUCACAGAAGACGUGGCCAAUUUGAACAAGAGUCUUAAUGGGUUCACUGAAGCCUUCAUUGGGUAUGGUUCGGAAGUAUUAAGUAUCCUGAAGGAUCUGAAAGGCCGCAUGGACAACCUGAAAAAUGUAACAGCUAACAUCACUCAGGAUCUGCGAGAACAUGUGGAAAACAUGGACAAGAAGCUGACAGGACAGGUGAAGGAGCUGACGCAGGAUGUUGAGGAUGUCCUGAUGAAAGCAGGCAUUAAAUGCCCUCCGCAGUGGCAUUCUUACGAGACAAGAUGUUACCUGCUUGUUGUCGAGAUGAAGACCUGGUAUGAAGCUCGGGAUUACUGCGUCGCCAAUGGCGGACAAUUGGCCUCAGUUCACACCAAAGCCACGUAUGACUUCCUCAAGGGAUUGACUUGUGGAUGGAAUACUUGGGUUGGGGGCUCCAAAGAGUCUACUGUGUGGAAAUGGAUUGAUGGUUCCACAUUUAGUGUGAAGGAAAAUGGAAAGGGGCACUGCAUGGAUGCUAGUUGGGCACCAGGCGAGCCCAAUUACGGGGAUCCUAUGUAUAUUUUUUGUACAGAGAUACGGCCUUCCGUGGAAGGACUCAAUGAUUGCAACUGCGAUGGAAAGCAUCCAUUUUUGUGUCAGAAGUGAUGGGGACGGUCUCGGCUGUGUGAUCUGGCUGCUCCUUCAAAGACGUCAGUGCUGAAAGAUCACCACUUGGCCUUCAAUUCAGUUGCUUUAACGAAGCCUAAUCACAAUCGGCGUGCACAUGAUCCCAAACAACCUGCAAGACACCAAUUUGCAAACUAAAGCUCGUCCUAUUUGCAGUUCAGGAGCCAACACAAGCCAUCACACAGAAAAUGAAUCCAUUCACAUUUUUAGUCAGAACAUUUUGGAGCAGCGUCUGUGGUAUUGAAAUUGACUCACAAAGCAAAUAACAAGCUGCUACCCGACAAGACGGGACAAAUAGAAACACACCUAAAACACAACAUCAGUCAUAAAGUUCAAGAAAAAAGUUAGGAGACAAAGCGGACACAAUUUGAGGGCAAAAUGUCCAAGAAGAAAUAGUUUGAAAAUGAUGUUAUACAUUUUUUCAUUUUAGUAGCAUCGAAAUUUGACUUCUUUGUAAUUUGGGGGAAAAUAGGUUUCGAAUCUGGGAGUAAAAUAUUACAAGAAAUUUGACAAAUGAUUUAAUCAGAAAGUUGAAACAUUUAGAACUAUAAAAAGUAAGAGUGAAGUUGAUAUGAAUGAUAGGUUUUUUCACCUCUUUAAGCUGAGAUGCACUUUCUUGGUGAAAUAUACAAGUGGGCAUCUCUGUGGAGGUUGCAUGUUCUCCCCGCACGUGCGCGGCUGUUCUCCGGGUACUCCGGCUUCCUCCCACAUUCCAAAAACAUGCAUGUUAGGUUGAUUGGAGACACUAAAUUGUCCACAGGUAUGAAUGUGAGUCUGAAUGCUUGUUUAUACUGUAAGCCUCUCGCCCAGAGUCAGCUGGGAUAGGCUCCAGCACACUCCGGAGGAUAAGCGCACGGAAUGAUGGAUGUGUAAGUUGUAUGUAGUUAAGGGAAACAUUGAACAUGUUCUAUGCGCCAACACCACAAACCUUCAGCAUAUCUGGGAUCCAAAACAACGUACUGAUAGGAUAGAUCCAUUUCAAGAAACGGCACUAAUGUGAUUUUCCCAAAGAAAAUGCUGAAAAUGCUGUGGUGGUUUCAUGAUAUUUGAUGAUCAACAGCAUUUAUCCAUCACGGAAUGACUUGUAAUGUCAUCCUUUGAAGCUUAGACCCAUCUAUGGAUAUGGAAUGGAUACUUUUUGGCUAGAAUGUGACGUGUGUCGUAAUUGCAUGAUGUCGGCUGGUCUGAUCCAGUUGCACACGAGGAUGUUUUUGUGAACAGUUGGUGUACGGGCUGAUGCCAAUCAUUUGUUUUCACUUCUAACCCCUAAAAGGGACUGUUUGCAACAGUUGGGCGGCUGCCUAGAGAGCGUGCUGGAACUUUAGAAAGUGUUGCACUAUAGUGCAUUAUAGUGGGCAUUUAACACACGCGCACUAGCUGAAGUUAGCUGCAAAUGUUAGCUAUCAUUGAAUGUAUCACCUAUCGCAUCCAUAAUUGUCAAUUUUGAUGCUAAUUGGGACAAGUGUAGAUGUUUAUGCUGCCUUUGAAAGCACUAUGCUAACCUUCUAGCCGCCGGUAGAUGUUCCUAGAUGUCUUGGUUAACCUUGAGAGUUGCAAACGAUCCCUUAAUUGUUUAUGAUACUGUUUGACUUGUUUAAGUAGGGGUGUCACCAUGCACGAUAUUGGCUUCACCAGGACCUGACCAUAUUUGAACAUGACCUAGAAGCUACAAAGAAAAGUUCCAGGACUUGAGUGAUUCUGGAAAUGCCUGCAAGGUUUCUAGUGUGUGUAAAGCACUUCAUGUGUGCUUCCAAUCCUGCCUGGCCCACUGACGCUUCCAUAUUGUGCGUAUUAUCAUUGACGGUAGCAAUGCCAUAGUUGAGUCUGAUGGGGUCCUGGCUGCCCUGUUCCUGCCAGACAUGUGGUGACACCCCUAUUAUGAUUGUCAUGAUACAGCAUUUCACGUUAUUCCAAUAUGUGCUACUGGAUGUUGGAAUUGCCUUUGGAAUCAAUAAAGUACUUUAGUUGGCACCAGUGGUGUCUUGAUGCUAAGUCCUGAACAUCCUUGGGGGGUAUAAAAUAUGGGCACAAAAGCCAAGAAGUGUGAUGAAUGAAAUGUAUUUUCACAACAUGAUAUGCUUUGUUGUAAAAAGAUCACCUGGUAAAGCAUGAUGGUGAGAAAGGUGAGGGAGCAGCUGAUU